ACGUUUAGGUUAAGAAUCAACAUCGGCUUUUUGUUUUCUUAUUAUUCGAAUAUCACUCACCGAAUUUAUCGUGUGAAAGGUUAGAUUUCAUAACACCACGGUUCUGGCCGGGCUUUAAUGGUUGAUUUAAAGACCAACAGAGGGCGCUGGGUAUCUAGCAUUGCGUCGCUGUGAAGUCAACUUCUCCGCAAGAUUAGUUCAGGGCCGCACGCAGAAGCGGCAAAGUGUUGAACCUCAGAACUGUGGCAACUGGCAACCCGGCGGUAACCCCCACCGUCAAGGAAUACAAGUGUGUUUGUGUGUUCUCUGUAAACAUCAAAUGUGUGAAAAAUCGAAACUAAAACUUGGCUUUGACCUUAUAAACAAGUCAAAAAGGCCACGGGAUUGAUAUAUAACUUUCCAAUUUUCUGUAUAAAAGAAGAUUGUGUUUUUCUCCCACCCCCCCAUCGGAUUGUAUACAUACUACAUAAGCAUAAUACAUAUAUAAAAAAAAAGAAUUCCGAAGUAUGAUUCUGCAUCACCGGGAACCGUAUUUAUAUUCGCUACUGUGUUAGUUUUUGUAGGAGGUGUGUGAGGAUUCUUCUCCAGUUAACUUCUUCAAUAAUUCUGUACCAAUUUUUCGAUUCGAUCUUCAUUAGAUUGAUGGAACUUUGAUGAUAUUUUUCUUCAAAAUGAAGAGAGCGUUUUCAUGGAAGUGUAUACUAAUCAUCGCAGUUUGCUGCGCCGGUGUUAAAGCAGGACAGCAGCAGUACUUCAGAGUGAAGCCACAAAACACAGCAGUGGUGGAAGGACAGACAGUAGAGCUGCAAUGCAGGAUAGGUAAUCAAGCAGGAAGUGUGCAAUGGAGUAAAGAUGGAUUCGUUUUGGGUUUCGACAGGAUGAUACCUGGUUAUCCUCGCUACUUUAUGGAAGGAAGCGGGGAAGACGGUGUGCAUGAUCUUAGGAUAGAGAAUGCUCAGUUAGAAGAUGAUGGGGAAUUUCAAUGCCAAGUGGGACCUUCUGGCUCAAAUAAAGCCAUUCGUGCUGAUGUUAAUCUUACCGUCCUAAUGCCUCCUUCAUCAAUAUCGAUUUCACAACAUCCUAAUGGUAGUAUUGUGGAGGUCAUGGAGGGCGAUACUUUAACGCUGAAAUGCGUGGUUGCUGGUGGUAAGCCUGCCGCUGGAAUAAGAUGGCACAGAAAAGGCGUGGAACUCAGGCCAGAUAAUGUUCAAUACAAUACUGAAAAAGUGGACGAACAUCGAGAAACUGCAAUCAGCACUAUUACUCUAACACCUACGCACGAUGACAAUAGAGCUUUGUACAGCUGCGAAGCAGGGCACAAGGCACUUAGUACCCCAAUGAUAUCAUAUAUAGAGCUCAGUGUGUUAUUUCCGCCUGGACCCCCAGAAAUCGAAGGGUAUCAAGAAGGCGAGACUGUCAGGAUGGGAGAUACAUUAACCUUGGCAUGUGUCUCACGUGGGGGCAACCCAUUGGCGAAAUUGGUUUGGUUUCGAAAUGACCAGCAAGUGGACGUCACGUACACCACAACGGGCAGGGAGUCCACAAACACUCUGACGUUUCAGGUGGAAUCCAGCGACAAUAAUGCCAUCUAUCGGUGCGAAGCGACCAAUUCUGUCAGCCCGAAACCCAUGGUUGCAAUGGUCAAGCUCACUGUUCAAUUCGCACCAAGCAAAGUUACCAUCAUGGGACCAAAAGAAGCCCAAGAAGGAGAUGCUGUGACUAUGGUGUGCAUGACGGAUCGCAGCAAUCCACCCGCUGAUGUGUCCUGGGUUGUAGAUGGCCGGCCUGUUCAAGCUGCCAGUAGCAGUGUUGCCGAUCCACGUGGAGGUUGGGUGACGACUUCUAAUGUAACAGUUACUAUCACUGGACACGAGAGAAAUAUGAAGAUGUUUUCUUGCUAUGCUGUUAAUCAAGCUUUGAGUGAAACCAUGGUUGAAACGGCAGUCGUUAGCGUUUUAUAUCCGCCCAAACCCCCAACCAUUCUAGGCUACACAGAAGGAACACCUAUAGAAACAGGGUCUACUCAACAAAUGUCUUGUGUAUCUCAAGGUGGAAACCCUCUUCCUACAUUGAAAUGGUUCAAGAAAGAUAAAGAGAUUGAAUCGACGACAACAACAAAUAAUAAUGUUGUUACUGCAGAAGUGUCGAUUACUGUUGAUGAUAAUGAUAAUGGAGUGGAAUUUAGAUGUGAAGCUUCCAAUUCAGCUUCAUUAUUACCCAUGGUUGCUACUACAAGACUUACAGUAUAUUUUCCACCUUCGGCGGUUAAUAUUAAAGUCAAACCACAGAGGCCUAAAGCGGGACAAAAAGUAACGUUGAUCUGCGAAUGCGCCAGCAGCAAUCCCCAGGCAGAUAUCACUUGGUGGAAGGACGGAUUCCUGAUCCAUGGCACGCCAGAUGGCAUUUUUGAUGCCCCAAAUGGUGGGCGAUCAACGAAGAACAUCCUGCAACUGAAUGUGACUUCCCAGGAUGAUGGUGCUGUUUACACAUGCCAAGCAACAAACCCGGAACUGAAACAGAGUGCUCACGAUGCUGUCACCAUCAACGUUUUAUAUAAACCCGAAUUCGAGACGAAACCCUUGCAACAAUACGAUGUGAUCGAGGGCGAAUCCACUACCAUCAAUAUCACUGCCAAGGGCAAUCCUUCAAAUAUAAAUUAUUCUUGGAGCAAGGCCAGCAGUUCCACGUCCCUUAUGCCCGCCGACUCUAACGAUGUCGCCGUCACCCCUGUCCUUUCGGCGGGGUCAUUAUUCAAUGUCACCAACGUGAGAAGAGAUCAGGCUGGACAAUACAGGCUGGAGGCUAGCAACGAGGAAGGCAGCAGCUUUGUGACAGUUGUGCUCAAUGUUUUAUAUGGUGCUUCCAUUUCCAUGGCAACCGAAUACGCCCUUGUGGAUCAGGGUUCCAACGCCUUCCUGGAGUGCCAAGUGGACGCGAAUCCCUUAAGCGAUGACGUCAUCCGAUGGCAAAGACCAAACUUUGACAUGAGCCGGACGAGGCAGAGCAUUGAGAACGGAAGAUCUUACCUCAUCAUCAACAACGUGACCAGGGAAGAUUCAGGGAUUUUCCUAUGCGUAGCCGACAACGGCAUCGGCAAUGAGGCCCAAAAGGCAUCCACCCUAGUGGUCAAACAUAAACCAGUGAUCGAAAGGACUGGUCCUCAUUCCAAAGCCGCUGGAAGUGAAGGGGAAGAAGUGAGAAUCAUUUGCCGAGCAACAGGUGCUCCUAAUGUGUCUUUCACUUGGUUUAGAGACGGCUCGACAAUACAGUCUUCUAAAAAAGUGUCCAAAUAUGAAAUUAAGAGCAAGCAUUUGGAUUUCAUUACUUAUGAAUCUACGCUUACUGUCAAAGACUUGAAAACUCAAGACUAUGGAGACUAUGAAUGUAUAGCUAAGAAUGAUUUAGGAUUUGAAAGUUUCAAGGUACCACUUGGGCGAAAAUCUGCACCAGACCCUCCAAUAUCGCUGAAUGUACUGAACGCCACCCACAAUGCAGUGAUACUGACAUGGACACCUGGCUUCGACGGCGGCAUAGAGCAGAUGUACCGCAUCCAAUAUCGUAAGGCCGGAUCGACCGGUGGUUAUACUGUGGUGGAUGUAGAUGGCCAGAACACCACCGUUUUCACAGUUGGAGGCCUCGAGCUGGGGACGGAAUAUGUAUUCGGAAUCAUGGCCCUCAAUAACUUGGGUGGAAGCGACUAUCUACAGGACGCUGCGUCCGCUGUCACUCUUAGCAAACCUCCACUUGGAGAGACAGAGAAAGUAGUGGAUCAGUCUUUAACACCGAAAGGCGACAUUCCCCGGAUCAUCAUCAUCACUGUAUCCGUGGUUGGAUCUUGUCUCCUGGUACUCAACAUCGUCCUGGUAGUGUGCUUCGUCAGGAAGCGCAGGAAGAAGAGACUAGAAGAAGGUAGGGCAUCUGGAGAUGAGGAUCAGGAUUUAUGUCUUUUCUCAAUGGUGCUUCAGAGGUUGGCAAAGAUUUGUCAGAAAAGUGACCACUCCAGCAGCAAGGCGGCCACCAUAGAGAUGUACGCUCCGAGCAGCUACAAUGAGGGUCUGAACGGAGAGAGUCUUAGCUGUAAUUCGGAAAAAAGUGACAACUACUCGGAUGGACAUAGCGCCGGGGGAUACUCGGAAGAACAGGUGAAAUCAGAAACAACGGCAUACAUUACAGCUCAUUCUGAUGGCGCAUAUAUCCCUGAUUCUUCCAUGCCUUACUAUUGCCCAUAUCCAUAUCCUGAUCAAGUAAACUUGGAUGACAGAUACGAUAGAAGUGGACCAGUGCCAAACAAACUUCUAUAUGGAACCGAAGAAGACUUCUACACCAACGCUUUGAGAAGAAAUGCGUACAACUUAAAGUUGGGUGACAGACCCGAUACUUAUGAAAAAGGCGUGUAUCCUCCUCCUCCUCCGGGCAGAACUGCAGCUAGUGGGGCAGAAGUGCACCAACCUCCUAGUUCAGAAGAACGUCACUACGUUCCUUACCCUUCGGGAGCUACUACCUCUAAGCCUUCGCCUGCACUUAGCACGUUUAAUCCUCAUUUACAGGGCUCGCCGCUCCACUCGACGCCUAAUCAGUGCAAUCACAUGCCCCCUGCAGAAGGGGUCAUUGUCCACAGCGAGAUGGACGGCCACUUGGUCUGACGAAGCACCGCCGUCUAGCUUGGCCAAGGGUGUGCCAAGUGCUUCUCGUUUCUAUGUAUUAAUCAAUACCAAAUGCAAAAGUCGGGCUGACUCUUUCUUUAGUCGCACUGGAUCAUCUCCAUCGAAAGUGGGAUUACAAAACCACAACUUACGAAACAGAACGUUCAAAACAGCUUCUCUUUUGUUACACUUUCAUACUUUUUGCUGUCUUCCCGCUUCAUUUCGGAGCCAGGUGGCCGAAACACCUGCCAAGAUGAUCUGCUGAAAUAUCAAAUACUGUUCACGUCUGGUUUUGUCGACCAAAAAAAUAAAAUAAACUGAUGAUGUGCCCGAUGCUUUCUUGUAUAUUCGUCACCUCGAUCGCAGAUGCAAAAGACAAAGUUCAUGCUUCGUCACAAACCGUUCACGUGUAGCAGAUGAACUUCCCGUUUAUCGGCUCUCCUGCGAACAGAAACUAUAUUGAAUACAUCAGCACACCCCUGAAGGAUUCUUCUGCCUACAAAGAGUGGAACUGCCCCUAUCUAUGAGGACAUAGCGUAUCACUGUGCGGAAUAGCCCUAUCCUGUGGAUGUAUAUCCUGCCGCUGAUGAGCUUUUAUUGAAAUGAUUUGUGGUGCUCAAGUUUUGUAUUCAUUGCUUCAAACGAACUUCUUUGUGUGCCUUAUCUUCAAGUGUUUUUACUCAUGGAAAUCAUUCAAUGACUAAAAGUAGCUCUCAAUGUGACUCUGGAAAGGAAAUGAUGUUACCCAUUGUGUCCUUCCACAUUGGAAAAGGGAAUCAUAAAAUGGGAGUUAAAUAUAAUUUCGACAUUGAAUAAAGUUAAGCAAUAAAUUGAGAAACAAAAGUUGCUACAACGGAGGUAGCUUGUUAACUAGUGUAGUUUUUAUGACACUGGCUGUAAUAUAAGUCAGCUGUUAAGGAAAAUUCUUAGUUUGAAUUCUCGUAUUCAUUAAACUGUGUAUUUGGAUUUGUAUUGAAAAUUUUCUUAACAUAGGAUUGCCUGUUGGGUCUUACAAAAAUUUCAAUAAAGCGUAUUUUUAUCGGAAAAUAAUUGAGGUAAACCAUCUUCUAAGUGUUCAAAUCAGAUAUUACUAUCAUGUACGACCGUAUGGUUCAGAUUACAGAAAGGUUGCUAUUUUUUUUUUCCUUCUCCUUAGACGACUUAAGUUUGUUUCCCUUGGCACUAAACAUUUGGUGCUUUUCAGAAUGUUUCCCGGUUAUAGACUUUCAUUUUUAAAAGAACGCGCGAAAAAAGCGGCAUUAUAAAUGCAAAAGACUGUCGAAGUUGUGUAUUAAAUUAUUGUUAUAUUUAUUUGAAUUUUAAUUGUGAACUGGCCAAGGUCAAGUAUGAAGAGCAUUCAUUUUUUUUUUCUGUUUUUGUAUUUAAACUGUUAUAUGUAAUAUGCUUUAAAAAAAGACAAAAAAAAUACCGUUGAUAUUUUAUAAGAGAUAAUUUAGUACUUAGUUAGCUCGUUAUUUUGGAGCUGAUCUCAUACGUGCGCUCCUUAAGUACUUAAAAGUUUAUAUUAAUUAUUAAAUAAAGAAUACUCUAAAUUUUCAGUAAAGCUUUAUUUUUUUCUCUUUAUUUUUUAUUAUAUUUUCAGAUAAUUUUUGAUUUAUUUUAUAAUAAUUUUAAAAUAUGGAAUGGUCUAAAAAUUUGAAGGGAUCGUCGGAUUCAAUGAAUCUUCUAGUUUCUUUCAUACUUAUUAUAAAGUAAUAAAUAAUUUAAAUCUUGCAUUAAUUGUUCAUUAACUUUUUAUAAAUCAUUAUUAAAGAUUUCUGUAAAAGUUUUUAAAGUACAGGUUAAAUCGUCAAAUUUCUUUUUUUUAAAAACAAAGAAUUUACAUUUAUUUUUGGCAUGUUCCUACCAGUACAUUCAUGUGAUUGGAUUUUUUUUUAAAUAAAAAAAAAGAAACGUUUAAAGUGAAUUGUAUUAUUUUGAAGCAAUUAUAGUUUUGUUGUUUUGUGUAAAUAAUCAUCAGUUUCAGAAAAAGAUGUAAAUUCACGCAGUGAAUAUUUCUCAUUUGUUUGUUACUUUUCUCUUGUAAGAUGGAGGAUAGAUGAAUGCCUUUGUUUUUCAUUAGCAUUUCUCUGUUCAUUUUUUCUCCUCUAUACUUUUUUUAUACUCGGUUUGUCUAUCGUUUCUAGUCGUACUGUUUAUUCACCAAAGACUGAUUAUUACCAUACCGAGCCUUAAAUUGUCAGUGCAUUUAUAUAUUUUUCUUUUUUUAGAUAUCUUUUAUGUUUUUUUUUAUUCAUUUACUUCUAAAUUUGAAUUAUUUUUCUAACAUUUAUUUGUAUGCUUUACAUUUUUUUUUGUUUCUUCAUCUUUACAGCCAAAUUUUAGAACAUAGAAAUGGGGAAAACAUUAAAUCAUUUUUUUUUAUUUAAUGCAACAUUUCAUUUCUUAAUUUUUAAAAUAUAAAUAUUGAUUUUAAGAUUGAGAUCGUCUUGACCAACUCUGCUUUAAUAAUAAUAAUUAAAAAAAAAGCAAAAACAUUCGGAAUUCUAUUUGUACAGCAAUUCAUAACUUUCUAUGUCCAAUUUUAUAUCUGCUGUACAUAUUGGCUGUGCUUGAAAAUUUUACUCACCUGGUACUGAUACACAUAAGGAAUCGAAUCUAUUAAAACCAAAAGAACAAACAAAUUUAAGGCAUAUUUCUAGUAGAAUUAUGCUCUGAAAUGUUAAUGCAUAUCCUUUACCGAAUAAAAACAUCAUACAGCUACUUUUAUCUUUCUUUAUUUAAUUCUUCAUAAUUUUUUUAUUAUAUUUGACACGUGAGCCAUUUACUGUCUUUUAACAUUGAAAAUUUAAUAAUAUAUAUUAAUUUUUAAAUUCAAGAUUUUAUGCUAUGAGAUUAUUGUGAGUAUGCAAAUUAAUGAUAGGACAGUAAAUUGGACCUUUGUCUUACAAGUACACUUUUUCUUAACUGUUUAAACAUCUUUUUUUUUUGUUUGAUAUUGUAUCAAGACAUCGUAACUGUGCAUACUUUGUUAAUAUUUUUUGUUUUGCCAUGUUGUUUCAUUAACUUUUAUAUACUCAUACAGUUUGCGAGUAUUGUCAUUAGGCUGUAGUCGACAGAUCUCUGUACGGUGCACAUUUCAAUGAAAUUCCUAACUGUACUAAACAAUUUGCAUCGAUCAAUCAAAUUUCUUAAUUAACCAAUAAAAUGGAAUUCGAAGAUAUUGGAAAUAUUCUAUUUUAGAGCAUUAAUGAAAUUUAAUGCUACUAAGAGUUCACACUGUACUCAAAACACAUUAAUAUAACAUUAGAUUGAUUUCAUUGAAACUGUGCAUGUACAGCAUUGUGAAUCUGACUCUCAUUACUUUUUGUUACAAUGCGAGGAUUCUUCUGCAUUGUACUUACGAAUCCUAGGCUAUUAAGUACCAUCUUUCAUAUUUGAUAUAAACAUGUGAAUAAACCUUAAAAAAUGUGGAACAUUUCGACAGAGCUCUGUGUAUGACUUUAUGAAUGAUAUGAAAUAAACUUGUAUAUAAAACUGA